AUGAUAAAAGAAGGAAUAAAAGGUGGAAUUAGUAUAGUUUCUAAAAGAUUAGGAACUGCUAACAAUAAAUACAUGGAAAAUUAUGAUGAAAAUAAUUGGAAUAAAAUUGACUUUGCUGCAAAAAUAGGUAGAAAUGAUCUAAUUAAAUUAUUAGUUCAAUUAGGAGAAAAAGGAACAGAUGUAGCAAUUGAUAAUGCUGCUAAAAAUGGACAUCUUGAAGUAAUUAAAUAUUUACAUGAAUUAGGGUAUAAAGGUAUAGAAUAUGCAAUUGAUAAUGCUGCUUUAAAUGGUCAUCUUGAAGUAAUUAAAUAUUUACAUGAAUUAGGGUAUAAAGGUACAGAAGAUGCAAUUGAUAAUGCUGCUUUAAAUGGUCAUCUUGAAGUAAUUAAAUAUUUACAUGAAUUAGGGUAUAAAGGUACAGAAAAUGCAAUUGAUAAUGCUGCUUUAAAUGGUCAUCUUGAAGUAAUUAAAUAUUUACAUGAAUUAGGGUAUAAAGGUACAGAAAAUGCAAUUGAUAAUGCUGCUUAUUAUGGAAAUUUAGAUAAUGUUAAAUAUUUAAUAUCGUUAAAUUAUAAAGUAACUGAUGUAGCAUUUAUUUGUGCUACUAUUAAUUGUCAUUUACAUAUCCUUGAAUAUUUCCAUUCAUUAAAUUUAAGAGGACCUGAAAAUUUACUUGAUAUUGCUAUAAUGGGAUUGGCAUAUUAA